AUGUGGGAAAUUGAUAGAAGAAUGUUUUAUAUUAUUAUUUUUUCUUUAGUAAUUUAACAUUUGCUGGAUUGCUGUAGCUCGAGGUAUAGUGUAAUUUCACUGGAUUUCAAGUCAUUAAGUUUAAAAGCUUUUUUUCUUUCAUUUUCUUGGCAUCCACAUGUACUUUCUUCUCUCCAUUUCGUCGCGCUCUAACGGGAAUAAUUCAAAUGAACUACUCUUCCUGUAAAGUAGUCACUACUUGAGCCACAGAAGACGCUUUUUUCGCAACAGCUACAUAAACAUUCUCCAUGGGGCCUUCUUAUCUCUUUUUGACAUAUAAACCUUCGAAUCGUCGGGAUUCUUCCUAGUUUAACGAAAGCGAAGCUAAUUACCUGAAAUUAUCAACGAUUUUUGGUGUCAGAUGGCAAAAAAUUCCAAAGUUUUUUUUCUUCUUUGGACUUCCUUGGCAAUCUUGGAAGGAUUUAACUUUUAUUUUAUUUCUCUAUUUAUCUAUUCGUUAAUUACGCUUUGUAGAGGUCAAUAACGAGGAGAAGUUUUGGCUUUGCUUUUGCUUUAGUUAAAGUAGGUUUUGAAUUGCUUUAUGACUUUUUCUUUAGUGGUUUUGGCAUGAUUUUGUUUGUAUCCUUUGUUUUUAUUUUAUGAAAUCAUUAUUACAAAUUAUGGGGCUGGAAUAAAGUUUAAUAGCAAAUUUUCAUCGCUGUUCUCUUUCAUUUGUAGUGUGCUCCUUCAUUUCCUAUGUAGGGACUUCUGAAAAUGAAAUUUUCUUUAGGUCUUCUGUUGGUGUUUCACUAAAUAAGAAAAAGGCGUUUCUGGCCCCUUUUAAGUUCUGACGGCUCUCCGUUGAUUUAAACUAUGACGAUUCCUACAUUUUCCCCCUUGUAUCAUUUGGAUUCAUUUCCAGGAAACGGGCAGGUUCAUAAACAGAGAAGCUUUUCAAAACUGGCCUCUGAUUCUAAUUCCCAAAAUAGUGAUACUCCUGGCGAACACUUGUUCACGUGUGAAUUGGAGAGGAGAUCUUCAAAACAAGCAUCUGGAACACCCAUAAAGAAGUUAUUAGCUGAAGAGAUGUCAAGAGAAACUGAAUCAAAGAAAAGGUCUCCGAGUGUUAUUGCUCGAUUGAUGGGCUUUGAUGGACUGCCACCUCAGCAUCUGUCUCAUAAACAACAUAAAAGGUCAUCAGAGAACUAUUCACAGAGGACAGCACCGACAGAGAGGUCCCAAAGAAGUAGCACAUCAUGUAGCCGUAGCUCAUCUAGAAAAGGCUCAAAGGAGGAGCAAGAAUUCAAAGAUGUAUAUGAAGUUUUAGACACAUCAAAAAGAGAGAACAGUUACUCAAUGGAGGGGACUGGAAGCUCAAAGCUAACUGAAGCUGAGAUGGCAUUCAUUAAGCAGAAGUUCAUGGAUGUCACACGUCUUUCAAGUGAUGAAAAACUUCAUGAUUUGAAGGAAUUUCAUGAUGCAAUAGAUGAUCUGGAUUCCAACAAAGGUCUUCUCCUGAAAUUUCUUGAGCAGCCAGAUUCAUUGUUUACAAAGCAUCUGCAUGAUCUGCAAGCUGACCUUCCCCAGUCCCAUUGUCGUCACAUAUCAGGUGUGAAGUCUACACAUGCUCGAGAGUAUGACAGUGGCCUCGGAUGCAAAAUAGAGAGAAAAAUUCCAUGGAAGAAUCAUAGAAAGCACCAAAAUGAUCCUAUUAGUCACUCUUGCGGUAAACAAGCCACUGGUGAUCCACUCAAGUCAUCGAAACUUCAAAUAGAAGGGAAAGAUGGACCUUCUAUUCUUCCUACACGGAUUGUUGUGCUGAAACCAAACUUUGGUAAACUGCAGAAUGCAACCAGAAGUGUUUCAUCACCCCGAUCUUCUCAUGAUUUUCUUUCAGAUAGUAAGAGGCAUACUGAAAUUCCUAAUAUCAAGAAUAGGGAGACAGAGUUAUGUGGAAAUAAAAAAUUUCCUGAUGAUGAAGCAUUACUGAGAUAUAAGUCUAGAGAAUCUAGAGCAAUUGCAAAGGAGAUCACCAGGCAAAUGAAAAAUAGUCUCGGAACUGGUUCUGUAAAGUUCUCAACCUCAGGAUUUAGAGGAUAUGCUGGGGAUGAGAGUUCAUCAAACAGGUCUGACAAUGAAGCAGCAACAGAAUCAGAUGUGCCGACAGUGAUUUCUAGAAAUUCCAUUGGUUUGAGCAAUCGGUACAGGUCUUCACCCCCCUGCUCUCCUGAAUCAUCUGUGAGCAGGGAAGCCAAGAAUAGACUCUCUGAGAGGUGGAAGAUGACUCGCGGUCACAGGUAUGCAGAUAUGGAAGUGUUUGGUCGGAGUGGCACACUAGGUGAAAUGCUUGCUUUGCCUGAUAAGGAAGGGAGGCCAGCUAAUGUGGAUGCCAUGAUUUUGGGACGAGGAUUUAUUGACAAUUUUGGUGGCAAUGAUGAACUGGCAGGAUGUGUUGAACCUUUGGGUAUUAGCAGUAGGGAUGGCUGGAAAGAUGAAUGCAUUAAAAAUCUUUCUAGAUCAAGAUCUCUUCCUGCUUCAUGUACUACUAUUGGUAGUCCAAGAACAGGUUUGCGCUGUGAAAGUCAUUGGAAGGACAGGCAUAUAUUACCAAAAGAAUUAAUGCAGCAGGAAAGCAUUGAGGCAGUGAAAGGAAAGCCUAAUAAAAGAGAAAGUUCAUCUUCUAGGAGUUCAAGAUCUCGUAUUAAGAGAUCUCAUUUCUCCGAGUACACUUCCGCCGAUCAUAGUGACACUUCACCAGAAAUUAAUUUCAGCCGCAAGCUAGUGCAGAGCAGUGUCACAUAUGAUGAUCCAGUUAAACCAUACCAUUUGGUUUCCGAGAUAACAUCUUUGAUUGUCACAGAUGUUAGUUUCCUUCCUGAGAAUGUCUUGGAUGUUGCAACUAAGAAUGUGGCCAUGCCUUCUAAACCUACUGACUCAGAAUUACCAGCUUAUGUUUUGGUAGAAGGUUAUGCUUCUUCUAGUGACACAGGGGCUUUAACUUUGCAGGAACCAUUAGAUGGGCCACCUGAUGAAGGUUCAGCCUCUGUGCAGCACUCAGGAGCGGAACUACAAUCUCCUACAAGCUCUAAGGAGGCUGAACAGCCCAGCCCUGUUUCAGUUCUUGAAACUCCUUUUCCAGACGAUCUAUCUUCAAGUUCUGAAUGCUUUGAGAGUCUCAGUGCUGACCUACAUGGACUUUGGAUGCAGCUUCAGCUACUCAAGUUGGAGUCAGAAGCAUAUGCGGAAGGCUCCAUGCUCAUCUCAAGCGAUGAAGACAUUGAGGAUGUCUCUGUUAGAUUUUCAGAAGAGAAAGGAAUAGUUGAAGCGAGCAGGGAAUAUUCCUACGUAAUUGAUGUACUGCUAGAAUCGGGUAUUAACGAUGCCAACCCUGAUACUUUCAUGGCAUCAUGGCACUCUCCAGAUUGCCCUGUGAAUCCCCUGGUAUUUGAAGAACUGGAGAAGAAGCAUUGCAACCUCACUUCUUGGCCAAGGUCUGAAAGGAAACUGCUAUUCGACCGCUUAAAUUCAUCUCUCCUCAUGAUUAACCAACAAUUUGCGGAUCCAUACCCGUGGGUGAGGCCUGCAACUGCAGUCAUUCCCUGGUGGAUUAAACAUGGACUUGGAGAUGGCAUCCACAAAUUGCUGGAAAGCCAAGAGAAGAAGGCAAAUAACAAUACAGUGGAGAAGGUACUGGUAACGGACUCGCAGUGGCUGGAUUUGAGAGGUGACAUUGAUGUAGUUGGUAGGGAAAUUGAGAGACUGAUGAUAGAAGACCUAGUAAAAGAAAUAGUAGCAGUGUAGACAUUCUGCAUACAAGGUCCUUCUGGUUUAGGGAGCUACAGAGUAUACGAAAAAUGAACUCAUGGAAUUUUCAUUUUGAUUAGAGAUGGCGAAAUAUACAAUAGCCCUUGAGCCAAAAACAACUGACGGAUGAAAGUACUACUCUUAAGGAAGAAUCAGCACAAAAUCUUUUAAGUUUUUUUUUGGAUUUGUCUGCAAGCAAAUGGUGAUGAUCCGACUCCUACACUGUUUGUCAUGCUGGUAUUUCACAGGGGUGAUGAGUAAGUACGUAUAUAACCAUAAUACUAUACAUUAGAAAAAAUUUCCAAGAAUUUAUGAUUUUUGCCCCUUUAUAUACUAUUUUCAUUAGCAGGUUUCAAAAGCAA